AUGACCAUUUCUAGUAGUGCAUGUGAGGAAGCAGACGAGCCAGGGGAGCCCAUCUCUGCCGAGGAGUUCGCGCUGUCCGCCACCUCUGCUGCAGCGCUGCUGCAGCCGCCACUGGACGAGGGAUCCCCGGACCCCAUCCUUGCUGCGGGGCUCUUCGAGGGCGACAUCGCUGGGGUCUCCCCGGAGGACGUUCUAUUGAACCGGAACGCCGCCAUCCGCGACGGCUCGACGCGGCGCUGGGAGGGCGGCGUGGUGCCCUACGUCAUCUCUGCUGCCUUCACGGGCGGCGAGCGGCUGGUGGUGGCGGCGGCCUUCCGGGAGAUCCACGAGCUGACGUGCGUGCGCUUCGUGCCGCGCGCCGGGCACACCAGCUACGUGCACCUCCGCAAGGGCGCCGGGUGCAGCAGCCUGAUCGGGCGCGUGGGCGGCGAGCAGACGGUGAGCCUGGGUCCCGGCUGCGUGUACAAGGGCGUCGUGCAGCACGAGCUGAUGCACGCCCUCGGCUUCUGGCACGAGCACAGCCGCGCAGACCGCGACGCCUACGUCACCGUGCUGCUGCGCAACGUCGUCCCAGGUUUGGAGCACAACUUCCAGAAGUAUAGUUGGCAGAUAGUGCAAAGCCUCGGCCUGCCGUACGACACUGGCUCGCUGAUGCACUACGGCAGGCUGGCCUUCUCGCGCGACGGCCGCUCGCCCACCAUCGUGCCCAGGGACCCACGAGCCGCCAUCGGCCAGCGGCGAGGCUUCAGCGAGGUGGACGUGGCCAAGAUCAACCUGCUGUACGGCUGCCGCAACACACUGGUGAGGCCGCCCACGCCACCCACGCAGCCACCCCCGCGCCCUGCAGUCUGCACCGACAGCGACCGCUUCUGCAACUACUGGGCACGCAUCGGCCAGUGCCGGCGCAGCCCCUACUGGAUGCGGACACACUGCGCGCUCUCCUGCCGCUUCUGCGGCGUGGCGGCGGACCGGGCGUGCGUCGACGAGAACGAGCUGUGCGAGCGGUGGGCGCGGCUGGGCGAGUGCGCGACCUCCGCGGACUACAUGGCCGCCUUCUGCCCCGCCGCCUGCGGCACCUGCUAG